AUGGAUCUAUACACAAUUCCAAGUAGGAAACUCAAUAGGUUAGCCAAGAAAAGGAAUCAGACUCUGUGUGAUUUCUCGAUAUGCGGGAAGGCGUCCCCCAUUAACAAGAAAGUGGAUGCUUAGGGAAUUGGUUCUAGUAGAUUCCCGAUUCAAGAUGAGAGGAAGGGCAAGGAAUAGGGAAUCAUGUGUGACUUGUUUGAAAAUGUUCAAAUCAACAGGAGUUUCAAUUUCCAGACUUAGAAUACUAGUUUCUAAAAUCAUUAAACCAGGUUGUUCACACCGGAGACGAGGAUAUUGAAAAGGCGAAAGAACGGGAAGGUGUUGUUUCAGCCCAUUUCUCGGUAAAGUUCUCCUCAAAGGACAUACGAUUGUCCAGCUGUACUAAACAUUACAUCGUAUAUGAACAGAUAACAACCUAAAGUGAGGAGAGUGAUUAAUUUAAAUAUGUUAAUGGAUGAUUAAGAGUAGAGACCAUUUUUUUCGGAUAAAAGAUAAAAUUUAUAUGAGUUUCUAUAAAAUUAUUACUAGUGA